GAGCAGGUGUACCUAUACAAGGUAUGCCCACCUGACCACAUAUUAUUUCUUUGUUAUAUCGAGAUAACUGAUAUUUUACGCUCGGGUAGCCACCCUCACCUAGGUUUCUUUUAGUUUAAAUAUUUUUGGCACUCACGUGCUCAUUUUAUACUGCUCCUUACUGCAUGGAAUUUUCUUCGUCCAAGGGGCAUGAAGUCUAAGUAGUCAAUAUGCCAGACACGAAAACAGAUUCGGCUGGGAGUGAUAUAACACCCAUGGCCGCGCCUGGGAAGAAGAGCCACUUCAAGCGCUUCUGGUGGGUUUACUUGCUAGUAUUCCUCAUCAUUGCUACUGUCAUUGUAGUACCUUCGGUAUUGCUUGUAGCGGUACCGAAGAUCGCACAGCAGAAGCUGGAUGGAGCCAAGUUAACAAUUGACGGGAUCACCGUCACAAAUACGCAGACAGACUCGCUCAUUAUGGCCAUAAACUCUACUAUCGAAGCAGAUGAUUCCGUCCACGCCACUGUCGAUGCGUUUCAAGGGACAAUGUACCUGGCGGACGUCGACCCGCCGUUGGCCUUCGCACAUAUUGACUUCCCCCAAACUACUUCCUCCUCAAUGCAGGCUGUUAACGUUAGCCAAGAGAUCCGGAUCUCAAACCAAGAUGCUUUCACGACAUUCAACAAGGCUUUGCUAUCUAGCGUGUCUGUCAACGUGCAAGUGAAGGGAGACACUCACAUCCACGUCCGGGGAGUUUCUCGCGCAUACCCUGCCACGUUCGACAAGACCGUGGCGCUUGCGGGUCUUAAUAACUUUGACGGACUCUCGAUCUCGGACCCUAGUAUCAGCAUUCGCGUCAAGGGUAAUUUUAACGCAACUGUUCACAUCCCUAAUCCUUCAGUCUUGACAUUGGAAAUUGGCAAUACGACCUUUACUAGCUUCCUCAACAACGAAGAUGUCGGGCAGACCUACAUCAACAAUCUCAUUCUGCGUCCUGGAAACAACACGUUUGUCACGACCGCGGAUAUUCAGCAACUACCCAUUCUCAAAGCCCUGACACAAAAGCCCUUGUGCGAACUAGAUGGCAAGCUCCCUUUCCAGUUGAAAGGCAAGGACGUCGUGAACAAGGGCCAAGUGCUUCCAUAUUUCAGGGAUGCGCUCGCGGCGAGCUCUCAGAACGUUACUAUUGAUCUGAGCGAGGCUGCGAAGAAGAUUGGCAUCACAGCGAAGUGUAUUGGAUUGUAAUCUAAACGCAAACCUAUAUCACGAUUGUUUUUUGUGAUUCAUUUGGGCAGGCCGAGUGAAUAGCGAGGUGUAUGUUGUACAAUAUGAAAAAGUCGGUUUAGCUAUUAUUUCUCAGGAUGUUAGAGAAUACGUUCUAUAAGGGCAAAAAGCCACAAACACUCCCCGGGGCGCGCACGAGAGGAGGACAGACACGAUAACGACAAUAUUCGUACUAUGAAGAAUACCUGUCCUCUUGAUGUAGGUUGAUAUGUUCAGCCGCUGUUAUCGCUCGAUCCCGGAGUCUUAUUAUGUUAUCACGGAUCGCAGGUGCGAGAUUCAGCAUAUACAGACACUGGUUGCGGAAAGAUCAUGACUUGAACACUCUCACGAGC